UGCGAGAGACCAGCCAGUAUAUUUUGCUCGCGAGCGCGGCUUCGUGACGGAGACUGUUGAGCUGCCUUCUGCCUUCCUUCUCUUUCUCACUUGACUCCUCUGACGCUUUCUUUUUAUCUCUCUCAUUUAUAUUUUUAUUUCACGUUCGCAGAUCCGCACGAACGAGUUUCAGGCUACGUGAAUCGAGAUAUAAAAAACGCACCGUAAAAAUGAACGAGUUAAAGCAAUACACGUACGAAGAGGUGCGCAACAGCAACGGUAAAUCAAGCACGAAAAUCGUGAUCCAGAAUAAGGUGUAUGACUUGGCGGAGUUCCUAAACGAACACCCCGGAGGCGAGGAGGUUCUUCUUGACCACGCGGGAAAAGAUGCGAGUGAGGACUUCAACGACGUUGGGCAUUCAUCUGACGCAAUAGCUCUUAUGAGCAAGUACCUGGUGGGUGAGAUCGUUGCCGAGGAGAGGCGAAACGUCAAGGUGCAGCAGACAUGGUCAUUCGACGCUGAGAGGAACAAGAACGGAAACGAGAGUGGCGUCGGUCUCUCUGUCACGGUCAUCGCCGGCGCCGUUCUUCUCGGACUCCUCGCCGUCCUGUACUUCCUCAUAUAAGAAUGUCCGUUAUGUCACUAUUUCGUAUUCUCUUAUUAUUUGACACUGUUGCGCGUGCGCAGAUAAGUCGCAAGUUAAGUUCGCGAAUACUGGAGUCAGUGAUGGAAGUCAAAUUCAUUUCUAACCUCAAAAUUUUACGAACGAAAAAUUCUCAUUCGCUUCUUAUAAUUUUUAUAUUUUAAUAUUUUACUAUUAUAGUUUUUUUUAACUAUUUUUAUUUUUCCCAUAAAUUCUAAAGACUUCCAAGUUCUGCUUCAUAUCACAAGUGCUAUUAAGUGAGUUUGUUGAUUUAAUAGUACGAUGGCGUUCGCAUAAAACACAAUGUAUUAUAAGGCAUUAUGUGUAACGUUAUAAUAUUUAGUGUUUAUUUAAUUUAAAAUAUUAAGAAUGUAUCUAAUAAAAAUUAAUAAGCGUUCCUAAUAUGUAAAAACAGAGAUCAUUCCACAGCUAAAAUAAAGAAACAAAACUUUAUAUUAAUUA